CCAGUAGCCUGACAUAGUAUGUGGCAGCAUUUACUGUAUGUGGUUGCAGCAUUUUUCCCAUUUCAUGUUGAAUCAUACAUUGCUACAGUCCCUGCAAUCAUCAACUUCAAAUAAAAUGUGAGUUUACAGUUGUGGGUGGUACACUAACAGAAGGCUAUGUUGCCAUCUAGUGGUGAUGAGCUAAAAGUGCACAGACAAUUAUUGCAGUAGUCAUGAAUUGUCGCAUGCUCAUACAGCACAAAACUACAAUUCAUUCGGAAUUGAAACCUGGGACCUUUCUCACCGUAUGCAAGAAUCAUACUCCUAAAAGUUGGUGUAAUGAUGCUGUGCAAACUGAUGUGAACGAGUAAAGUCCUCCAGUUGUACGUCUUACACUUUCCUGAUGUUUCAAACACUCGACUGAACCUUUCAACAUGUUCACACGGCACCAUGGGAACAUGUUGAAUGGGUAUGAACGACACGUCAACUCUUUUUUUUUUUUCUUCGAGGCUGACAGACAUCCACUCUAAUUGAGAUACUCGACUAUUGUGGGAAAAAAAAACCCCAAAACAAUGACCCCACAUAGACAGCCAACAUCCAUCAUCGUCUUUUUGUGCACCGGUCAUAAUGGAAGUUAUGUAACCAGCAAUACACUUGAUGUUGACCCCAGAUCAGACGCUAGCGACGAGUGUGCUAAAAAGGUCCUUUACACUUUUAAGUUCCAUUUCAUUUCCUUUUCCAUAUUAAACAACACAUUACAUUGAACACAUAUUUAAAGCUGGAAGGAUGGACUGUCUGACUCAAAGGGUGUUGAGAGAAGAAACGGUUUAUGCACUGAGGCCCAUAUACAUUUAAAAAAUUACUCUAUUUAUUAAAACUAUUAGAGUAGUUUAGAAGCUGUGUAAUGUUUUAUGGCUACAGACUAUUGUUUUUAGUGAAGGAUGAGGCAAAAUGUCUCUUUUGACACUAAAGGUUGCUGACAUAACCCUAAAUUAAUUUCCAAAAAGUCAAAUCACAUGUCAUUUCUAAAGAAAUAAAAGACUCCAAUUGAGGUGAAUACUUUUCAUAACCAUUUUAUAUCAGGUUGUGACGUAAUGUUGCCAUCACAAAAGCUAGAUGAACCAGUUUUGAGACCAAAUAUUGUCAUCUUGUUUUUUUUUUUUAAUAUAUUUUCUCCAACUCCUCCCUGUUUGGGGCAAAUGCAGUAUACAAUACCACUGAUGCAUUUUACAUGACAACUAUGUUGGUGCAUGUGACAAAGGAUACAAUGAUGCAGCGGGUACCAAGGGAGGCCUUAUAAGUUCUCCUCCAGCUCAUUUGGACAAUCAAGGUAGCAGAGGUACGAGAGACUUCUUAAAAUGAAAGGCUUCAUUUUCCUGCUGGUGAACUUGAUGGUUUCAACAGGCUUGCCUAUAAUCAAUAUUUCUUCCUCAACGAUCGUGGAAAUGGGUGAAGAGAAAGACAUUAUGGAAGCAAACAAGGACUUACAAUAUGAUGACAUUGUGCAAAUACAAAGGAGUGCUGUUUAUUCCGAGAGCCGGUUGUGGACUUCUCCUGUACCUUAUGUGCUGGAUAAAGGCCUUGAUAUGAAUGCUAAAGGAGUCACCCUUCAAGCUUUUGAGCAUUUCAGGCUCAAGUCAUGCAUUGACUUCAAACCUAGGAAUACUGAGAAAUACUACAUUUCUGUGAAAAAAGGCAAGGGCUGUACCUCACAUGUGGGGCGGGCAGUGGCCAAUGGACAGGACCUCUCCAUUGGACAAGGCUGUGACGGACUUUCCACUGUGGAACACGAGUUUCUUCACGCCCUUGGCUUUUACCACGAACAAGGAAGAGCGGACCGAGAUGACUAUGUGACCAUUCAUUUCGAAAACAUCGAAAAAGGUAAAGAGAUAAAUUUCCGAAAAGUAAAGAACAGCAUCACCCAUGGAGUCCCUUAUGACUACUGGUCCGUGAUGCAUUAUGCGAAAGGCGCAUUCAGUAGGAAUAAAAACAUCCCAACAAUUACCACCAAUGACCCCACGUUCCAGGAUGUGAUUGGCCAAAGACUAGAGAUGAGUCCCAAGGAUGUGCAGGAGCUGAACCUGCUCUAUAAGUGCAACUCCAGCGUUUCCUUCAUGAUGUUCUGUGGCUUUGUGGAUGGAACCAUGUGUCAGAUGACAAAGUGCUCGCAGAGUGGACUCAAAGGCUGGCAAAUGGUGUCGCAGGUUGCCGGCGGCCCCAACUCUGACCACACAGGUGGGAAGCCAGCUUACUUCAUGCAUGCCAGCACGGCGUCAGGCAAGGAAGGGGACUCCGCUUGGCUGGAGACCCGGAGGAUGACACCCAGCAGGGAAUGUCACAUCCAGUGCCUCCAGUUUUACUAUUACCAUAAUGGGAGUCAGUCGGACCAGCUGAACAUUUGGAUGAGGGAGUUUGACAAUGAGGACGACCUGAAAGGACGUCUCAGCCUGGUGGGACAGAUCACUGGUACCACAACAUCUCACUGGCAGAUCAAGCACGUCUCCCUGAAUGCUCAUAAGCAUUUCCAGGUGGAGUUUCAAGUCCAGAAAGGUGCAGGGAAAUCUGAUGGCGGCUUCUCCCUCGAUGACAUCAACCUGUCACAGACAGAGUGCCCUCAUGUGACGCUGCAGAUCAAUGACAUGGAGAAGCUUCUCAGCAGCAGCUCGUCUGGAACCUCCAUAUACAGCCCCAGGCAGUACUCAAGGAGGGGCUACGCUUAUCGCGUAGGAACCACCCUCUAUAAAACACACAUCGGGGUGUUCAUGCAGCUCUUGAACGGAAGUCACGAUGACAAGCUGGAGUGGCCUUGCCCUCAUCGGCACAUGACGGUCCAAAUGAUUGAUCAGAACCCUGAAAUCCAGCUGCAAAUGUCAAAGCAGAGAACCGUAACCUCCGACCCGAACUGGAUGUAUCCAGAUGGCACAUACGUUUGGGACGACCCCCGUAAGAAUGGCGUCAUCCAUGUCGAUGAGAACAAUAAAAUUAUGUUCGUCAGUCCAAUGCUCGGCUGGUCCAAGUUUGCCACUUUGGAACAAAUGAAGACCAGAGACUUCCUCAAGGGAGGAAGCAUCGUUUUGAGCUUCAGCUUCGAAGACAUUAGUCCUCUGGUGGAUGGACACGCUCUGCCAUGUCCUAAAGUUGGACCAGUGGUCGUCACACAUCCUCCUAAGGACCAGGGUGAUGGUCCAUGUUCUUCACGCAUUGAAACCACCACACCACCACUUCCUGUCAUCACAAGCGUUACAAACACCACCACCCCACGUCCUGUCCCCACAGGUGACCCAAGAAAACCCACGACCCUUCCCGUUCCUCACUCCACAGACGACAAAAGCAUUUUUGGCUUCAGUCCCAACAUGGCCUCCUCCCCUGCCCUCGUCUUCUUGCUGAUCCUGGUGCUUCUAUUGCAUUGACAGUUGGCACAGUGAAAUAACUGCAUCUGAGAAAAGAAGACAUACCUGCAAUAUGACAGCUUUUUGGUGGAGGAAGUUGCGAUUUUGUUCUUGCUUAUAAGAAAUCUUCUUUGUGAGUCUUUACAAUUCAAACUCAACCCUUCCUCGACCUGGAAAGACCAGUACACGCUGCGUUAAAAAAAAAAGUAACCACAUUUAUUUCCAUCCAUCACACAUGAUCACCAUAUAUUAUGUCUAACCACUGUUUUGAUUUUCACAUCACAUUCUCAUGCAUCGCCUUGAUGCCUUUCCGACAUAGUACAUCUUGCUAUCCUCCGGUUUUGUUUUGUUUUUUUUAAUACGCCAUAAAGUAAAGACAUUUGUGCUACACAAUGUAGGCAUGGCUCGGCCAGUCCCGGCUUCUUGGUGGUUGUCUUUGUCCCUCAUGUCUUCCCCCAGAAAUCACAGUAGUAAAAGAGAGUCUCUGAAUGUAAUAUUGGAAAAAAACUCAGUCCAGGUUCCUGUGUGUCUUUCUCUGUGCCUGUUCAAGCUGAGGCCUGCGAACUGGCUCCUGCGGGAAGUGGGGGGGAGGGGGACAGGGCAGCACUAAACCUCUCUAACCGAUGGUGACACUGAAGCCACACUGAAACUUGUUCUUGCGGUGGUUGAGGAAAGCUCCCAGAGCCAGAGUGAGAGGGAGGGGUAAUAGUUUCUUCUCCAGGCUGGCCCCCACCACCCAAUUGCUAUCAACGGAGCCUGGAGGAGGGACAAGAAGACGGGAAACCAUAUUUUGGCUGCAUUGAUCACAUAACUAGUUGCUUCGAUUGUUACGCUACUUACCUUUAAACAGUAAGUUAGCCUUGGGCAGGUCCAGCUGGUAGCCCAAAGAUGUUGUAGUAUCCUGCAUCCUUGUGCUGGCUUCAAACUCUACUCCUACCUGCAACUGUAUAGGAUGCAAAAAAUG